AUGAUCUCUCGCCAGAACGUUGUCCGCGCGGCGCGAUUUUCCCGCCGUGCCUCCACAAAGUCCAUUCCAACCAUCCCUGAGGUCUUCAAUGAGCCCGUUCGCACCUUCGAGCCCGGCUCGGCUGACCGUGAGCACUUGAUGGCUGCGGUCGCUCGGGCCUCUAGCACCGUUCGCGACAUUCCCUUGAUUAUUGGUGGCAGAAAAAUUUUCACCGACAAGCGUGAGGCACAGAUUGGCCCUUACGACGGUAAGCCUGUUGCAUCUGUAUCGGUUGCUUCCCCGAAGCACGUCGAGGAUGCGAUCGAGGCCUCGCUUGUUGCUAAGUCCAAAUGGGCCGGCCUGAGCUGGGAUGCCCGUGCUGCCGUGUUUAUGAGAGCCGCAGACCUCAUCACCGGUCCCCAUCGUUAUGAUGUUUUAGCCGCAACCAUGGUCUCUCAAGGUAAAAAUGCCUACCAGGCCGAGAUCGACUCGACCUGCGAGCUGGCCGACUUUUUGCGUUUCAACAACAAGUACGCUGAAAUGCUGUACAGCCAGCAGCCCAUGCGUAGCUCUCCCGGUGUCUGGAAUCGUGCAGACUACCGACCCCUCGAAGGAUUUGUCUAUGCCGUCACUCCUUUCAAUUUCACGGCUAUUGCCGGUAACCUCGUCAGUGCUCCUGCUUUGGUUGGUAACACUGUCGUUUGGAAACCUAGUGCCAAUGCUGCCCUUUCUAACUACCUGAUCCAGGAGAUUUUGGAGGAGGCUGGUGUGCCCAAUGGUGUUAUCAACUUUGUUCCUGGUCCUGCCGCAGAGGUCACUGAGAAGGUUUUGGCCCACAGGGAAUUUGCCGGUCUGCACUUUACUGGUUCAACUGCUGUUUUCCAGGAUCUGUACCAGAAGAUUGCUCAGAACUUGCCCAGAUACCGCUCCUAUCCCCGCAUUGUUGGUGAAACUGGCGGUAAGAAUUUCCACUUGGUUCACCAGAGCGCCAAUGUGCCCCAUGCCGCUUUGUCGACGAUCCGUGGUGCCUUUGAGUACCAGGGCCAGAAGUGCUCUGCCACCUCUCGUGUCUAUGUUGCCAAGUCUGUUUGGCCCGAGUUCAAGGAAGUGCUUGUCAAGCACACAAACACCAUUACCCAGGGCAACUCCCUCAAGCCUGCUCAAUUUGCUAGCUUCAUGGGACCAGUCAUUCACGAUCGUUCUUUCGAGAAGGUUUCUGGCUUCAUUGAGAAGUUCAAGAACGACCCUCAGCUUGAGCUGCUGGCCGGUGGCUCCUUUGACAAGUCUGCUGGUUUCUACAUCAAGCCCACCAUCUUCGUCACGUCCAAUCCUGAGCAUGAGAUCAUGAAGUCCGAGUUCUUCGGUCCUCUUCUCGGCAUUACUGUAUAUGAUGACGCUGACCUCGAUGCUACUCUCAAGCUCAUUGACGAGACCAGUGACUACGGUUUGACGGGUGCUGUUUUCGCGGAGGACCGCGAGAUUGUCGAGAAGGUUACUGAGCGUCUCGAGCACACUGCUGGCAACUUCUACAUCAACGACAAAUCUACUGGUGCUGUUGUUGGCCAGCAAUGGUUCGGCGGCGCUCGCAAAUCUGGUACUGACGACAAGGCGGGCUCUCAGCAUCUGCUUGCUCGCUUUGUUACAGUGCGUAACAUUAAGGAGAACACUGUCAACCUCAAGGAUUCCGUGCUGUACCCCUCUAACUUUUAA